CCGCCUCCCCGGGCGACUCCCACGCCCGGGGCGCUCUCUCCCGCUGGCGCCAGAUCCGGCUUUCUCCGGCGGGACAGAGAGGGUCCUGGGCGGCGUCUUUAAGGCUGCGGUCCCCGCCUUCCCUCCCCGCCUUCCCUCCCCGCCUUCCCUCCUCCCUCCGCGCUCCCAGAGGAGCCGGCGGCCGGGCGCGCGCGGCGCGCGGAGCAGGUGCCCGAGCCCCUCGCAUGCGGCUGCGGGGCCCGCGGUGGUAGCGGCGCCCGCGGUGGUAGCGGCGCCGGGCGCUCCGCCCGCCCCUCCUCCCGGCUGCACUUGGGCUCCGGCGCGUGGGGACAUGUCGGUGGUGACCGGCGGCAACGAGGCGGCCGGCGGGACCGGAGGCGGCGGCACGCGGGUUUUCUUCCAGAGCUCCCGUGGCGGCGCCGGCGGCAGCCCGGGCUCCUCCCGGGAGGACUCGGCGCCGGUGGCCACGGCGGCCACAGCCGGGCAGGUUCAGCAGCAGCAGCAACAACAGCAGCGGCGUCACCAGCAAGGAAAGGUGACAGUGAAGUAUGAUCGCAAGGAGCUUCGCAAGCGGCUGAUGCUGGAGGAGUGGAUCGUAGAGCAGCUGGGGCAGUUGUACGGCUGCGAGGAAGAAGAAAUGCCAGAUGUAGAAAUUGACAUUGAUGACCUUCUUGAUGCAGACAGUGAGGAAGAAAGAGCUUUAAAAUUACAGGAAGCUCUCGUAGAUUGCUACAAACCAACAGAGGAAUUUAUCAAGGAGCUGCUCUCCCGGAUAAGAGGCAUGAGGAAACUGAGUCCUCCACAGAAGAAGAGUGUAUGAUUCUGGAACAGGGUAGAACUCUCUCAGAGACGAAGAAAGAGUCCUGGGAUUUGGACUUCAUGAAGACUUUUACUAAACGAUAAUUGUCCUUAUGAAUAACUUUUCUUUUUUUGGUGUGUGUAGGAGGGAAUCUAUUAGACAUUUAUUCAAGAGUGUUCCUUUUUGUUGUAAUAUUUUAAUAGCAAAGAUAUCACGACUCUGACCACAGCCCAACCAAGGAUUGUAAAAGCAGGUAGACAUCCAAGGAUGGGCCAGGCCAGGCAGUGUUUUCUGCAAGGAUUCAGAUGUUUAGGACCUUACUAUACAGGGAAGAUGGUUUUCUUACAACCAGUUUGGUAAUACUUUUUUCUUAAGUUGUACAUUUGACUCAGAUGUCAAAUUUCUUGUACUUGUAUAUAUCUAUCCACAGCUAAGUUAAAAUGUAGAUGUGAGUUUUAUUUCACAUUGAUGGAAUACACGUGUGUCAUCCUGUAAUGAGUGGUCACAGCAGGUGUUUUGGAGAGGCCAUUAGUCUUCUUCAUGGAAGUGCUGUUGACCAUCAACAUUCACUUUUGGCACCAAACUGAAAGGAUCCAGUGCAUCCGUUAUUUUAAUGAGCUACACUACAAAAAAGUUGAGUUGGGUCAAGGGCUUUGUUUAUGGACUUUAUAUUAUUUCAUUGGUUGGGAUGCUUUGCCAGGCCGUGGGCUUGUUACCCCAUUUGUGGUCUCUUAAAGUUUGAUGAACCCUUAAUUUGAAGAACUAACCUGACUUCUAGAGAAAUACCCAUGCUAUCUGGUGGUGUUUUGCAAUGGAAAAGGGAAGCCCAGUGAGACAACUGACGCUGCUUUCAACCAAAUACUGUGCAUCAUUCUCUCUGUGUGAAAGCAGAUAAAAAGGAAAGUAGCAGAUUGGACAUCCUCCUCCUAAGAAGUGGUUUCUAGCCCCUGCUGUGCCUGGGUAGUGUUAGAUCAGGAGCUGAGUGUUGAGCAAAGUGUAGAGAUGAAAAGCCCUCAUCUUCUCUCAAGACACUUGAUAGAGCAGCAUUUUCUGGUUUGCAAGUGUGGUUGCAGUUCUGGCUUCUCUCAGUACUUCAUGGUGGGAACUUGUGGGCCUUCUGGCUCUAAGUGUGACUGACCUUGAUCUCCAUGCUUGGACAGGCCUCAGCACCUAAACUGUCCCCUCAGUUAUAUACCAGCACUUUGGAGAAGAAUUAAAAUUCACAUGGAACGAGGGCAGGGUAAAAGUUGAGAGUAAAACUUUUAUCUUUCUUCCAGGAGGCCCCUGAUGCCUUUCUAGAAGUCCUGACUACUGUAAGAUGUCUCCAGGUGGCCCUGUCUGAGGACAGGGACCAGGCAUUUUCUCUCAAGGGUGCUUUGAACAUAUUUUAUUUUUUAAAAGAACUAUGUUUGUGAAUUUUAUGUAUACUGGCAAGCUUUUGAAAAUGUAUUUAAUUUUGUAAUGUUUAUCAAUGAUUUAUUUACAAGCUAUUUACUCAAAUAAAUGGAGCUGCUUACAAUCCUGUUUACCUGU